GGAUGACCUCCGUCAAACUUUGAAGGAUCAUCGUGGCUACCGCCAACCAAUUCGCCAAUAUAAACCAUUCUCAUCCUCUUUUUCUCGAAUCACAAGUUUUUCUAAUAUUUCCCCAGCUAGACCAAUUGCAUAUCGCUUCUACUACCGACCGACGAUCCCAUUUAUAGCAAUACCCCUUAAAGCCCCUGCACACCUCACAAUGCUCAGACACAUUUCCAAGAGACUCUACUCCUCUGCUGCCGGCCCGCUCCUCAGAACGCCAUUGUACGACAUCCACGUCGCCUUGGGCGGUAAGAUGGUGCCAUACGCCGGCUUUGAGAUGCCGGUGAUGUACAGCGGCCAGAGCCACAUCGAAUCCCAUAACUGGGUCAGAAACCAGGCUGGUCUUUUUGAUGUCUCGCACAUGUUGCAGCACAAGAUUUCGGGACCUGGUGCCACCGCUUUCUUGGAAAAGAUCACCCCUGCCGACUUGAAGACCCUCAAGCCGUUCACCAGCACCUUAUCCGUGUUGCUUAACGAAGAAGGUGGUAUUAUCGACGACAGCAUCAUCACCAAGCAUGGCCACGACGAGUUCUAUUUUGUCACCAAUGCCGGAUGCCGUGAGAAGGACGUCAAGUUCUUGCGUGACCAGAUGGAUAAGCACUUUCCAAACGCCAAGUUCGAGUACAAGAACUUUGAGGGCACCUUGUUGGCCUUGCAGGGCCCAAAGGCUGCGGCCACCUUGCAGGAAUACACCAACUUUGAUCUUUCGAAGUUGUACUUUGGCCAGUCUGCCUACUUAAACCUCUCGGGCUUCUGCUCCGACAAGGUUCACGUUGCUCGUAGUGGUUACACCGGUGAGGAUGGGUUUGAGAUUUCGAUUCCACACGCCGGCACCUGCUCCGUCGAAUUUGCGCGUGCGCUUUUGGAGGAUAACAAGGAGGUUGUCAAGCCAAUUGGGUUGGCCGCCCGUGACUCCCUUAGAUUGGAGGCUGGUAUGUGUCUCUACGGCUACGAGCUCAGCGAACAAACCACCCCAAUCGAGGCCGCCUUGGCCUGGUUGGUGCCAAAGUCCAGACGUCUCGAGUACAAGGAAGGGGACCUUGCCGCGUUCAAUGGCCAUGCUACCAUUUUGGGCCAAUUGAAGGACAGAACCUUGGUCAAACAGCAGAGAGUUGGCUUGGUGUCCAAGGGUCCAUCUCCAAGAGAGGGUUCCAAGAUCUUUGACGCUUCCGGUGAAAAGGUUAUCGGUACCAUCACCUCCGGUUCCCCAUCCCCAACCAAUGGGGGUAACGUCGCUCAAGGCUACGUCGACAGAGGCGCUCACAAGAACGGCACCCCAGUCAAGAUUGAAAUCAGAGGAAAAUUGAGAGAUGGUGUCAUUGCCAAGAUGCCAUUUGUCGAGCCUCACUACUACAAGGAAUAAGUGUUUUAAAUUGGUAUGAUAAACGAUGUGAUAAGUAUUUCUGGAGAUGGGAAAAAGCAAUGAGUUGAGGGUAUUUUGGUAUACCGGGAGCUGCAGAAUUAUCCUACCUCAGUAGAGACAUUGAAAAUAAUGUUUUCCGUACAUCCCUAAUUUAUUAUAAUAGUGGUCAAUUCUAUUCAACGAUCAAAGAACCCUACGUUUCGUAAUUGCCUGAUGGGGCGGGGCCCUAGAAAUAUAUUCUACUCCGACCUAACAGCAUCAUCGUAGAGAUUUCUUACCAGUCUAGAAUAAUAAACCGCUUAUCCCGCUUAUCCCGCUUAU